AUGGCCACGCCGUCAUCAUCAACAGCUGCAGCGGAGGAAGUCACCGACCUCCUCCCACCCUCCCGCGUCGCGCGCAACCUCGAACUUCACCUCGCCGCCGAAGCGGGCGACGUCCCACUCAUCCAAUCCCUCCUCUCCUCCUCGCCUUCCCCAGACGAAGGCGACGAUGCGGGCGGUGUCGAUGUGUGGUACGAGGACCCUUCUUCCGCUGGAUGGUCUGCGCUCCACUUCGCCGCGGAAGGUGGGCAUCUCGAAGCUGUGAGACUGCUUCUCCGCCAUGGGGCGCUGUGGAACGCCGUCGAUGCACAUGGGUUUACCGCUGCCCAGGUGGCAUGGAGUAUGAACCACGAGAGCUGCUACCGGGCGAUCUUUGAGGAGGGCGUGCGACAGACGCUGCUUCUCAACGCACUAGGAUCGCAUGAUGAGGACGAACAGGACGAGAUGGCGGGAGACGACGGAACAGCGGUCACAUCAGCAGACGGCACACGAAUAACGCUCAAGCCUUCCGCCACGGACGUCGCCAAUGACACGCAGAGGUAUCUGCAGACGAAGCUACGAUUUGUCAAAGACCCCCUCGGGCAAGUGCGCUGUCUGGACGCGGACAACAACAUGGUCAUGGCACCCUGGGAGACGGAUAUCAUGCAGCAGUCCGCAAGACUGCUGUGCGAGAACCAGCCCGAGGGGUUUAGCGUGCUGAACGUUGGCUUUGGGUUGGGCAUCAUCGAUUCCAUCCUCCAGAGCUACAAGCCGGCGCGGCAUGUGAUCAUCGAGGCGCACCCGGACGCCAUUGCGUACGCGAAGAGUCUCGGAUUCGACAAGAUGCCCGGCGUGGAGCUGUUCGAAGGGCGCUGGGAGGACUGGAUCAAGGAUUCGGAUCUCGAGGAGGAUAUCGCGCGCAUGACCGAACUGGGUAGCUUCGACGCCGUCUACUGGGACACAUAG